AAUUAAACAAAUAUCGCAAAACUAUUUAUUUACACAUUUAAAUUUGUGUAUAUACAGACAAACGAAGAAGACGAAUCUCUCAGUUUCGAUUCGUUUCAAAGUUGUGCGUAGUUGAAAUUUGAAAUCUGAAACACUCAUUGCAAACACCAUUGAAGAAGAAGAAGCUUUCAUAGAUUCCGUUGGGUUCUAGGGUUUCGUGACGAUUGUGUUUUUGAUUGAUCGGAUCGAUUGCGAUUAAGGAGGUGGAAGAGAAGAAGAUAUGGCUCAGGCUGUAGAAGAAUGGUAUAAACAGAUGCCGAUUAUCACUCGCUCAUAUCUCACGGCGGCUGUUAUCACCACCGUCGGAUGUUCCCUCGAUAUUAUAUCUCCCUAUAACCUCUAUUUGAAUCCGACCCUUGUGGUGAAGCAAUACCAAUAUUGGCGUCUCGUUACAAAUUUUUUGUAUUUCCGGAAGAUGGAUUUGGACUUCAUGUUCCAUAUGUUCUUUCUCGCACGAUACUGCAAACUCCUUGAAGAAAACUCAUUCAGGGGAAAGACUGCUGAUUUCCUAUACAUGCUCCUAUUUGGAGCUUCUGUUCUAACCGGUAUUGUUCUACUCGGUGGAAUGAUACCGUACUUGUCUGCAUCAUUUGCUAAAAUCAUCUUCCUCAGCAACUCAUUAACUUUCAUGAUGGUAUAUGUAUGGAGCAAACAAAAUCCUUAUAUUCACAUGAGUUUCCUUGGUCUGUUCACCUUCACAGCAGCUUACCUACCAUGGGUGCUUCUUGGCUUCUCUAUCCUUGUUGGUGCCAGUGCUUGGGUGGAUCUUUUGGGUAUGAUAGCAGGUCACGCGUACUACUUUCUGGCUGAGGUCUAUCCACGAAUGACUAAUCGUCAUCCUUUAAAGACUCCAUCGUUCCUCAAAGCCCUAUUUGCAGAUGAACCAGUUGUGGUUGCACGGCCAGAAAAUGUGAGGUUUGCUGCUGCGCCUUUUGAUGAAAUCCACCAAGACUGAGUCUGAUCUUACACAUUUAGGUUUGGAACUCCAGAAUCAGUUUGGCUUGUUGAUCAUAUAUAUAUGGUAAAAAGGCAGAUGAUACACAAAGUCUAUUAACUCUGACACGCUAGUUGUGAAACCCACACACCCUAGUUUCUAGUAGUUGGGUGUGUUUUGGUUCCUUCCCUUUUCUCCCAUCUCUUUAUCUUGUUGUGUAUACAAAUAUGCUUUGCUCUUAGUGGUUAUGGAUAUGGACACUCAAAUUGUACACAGCCUCCAGCAAUGUCACAAUGUUUCAGGUCAAGGUUAUUUGUUUUAGCAA